UCGCAGUAGAGCCUCUGUUUCCAGGUCGCCUCACCUGCAGUGAAUUUGAAACGAUGUCCACAUCGGAGGUGAAUUUAACUGGAGUGAAACAAAGUAAAGGCAUGUGGCUGGUGAAGAUUCCAAAGUAUUUAUCUCAGCAGUGGAAUAAAGCCACAGAAAAUGGAGAAGUUGGUAAGAUUACCAUCGAAAAGAAACAGGGUAAAACAGAGGUUUGUUUCAGUCUGAACGAGGAGCUGGCCGCCCUGGGUGGCGACGGGGAGAAGGACGCGAGAUCGGUGCAGGUCCCAAARGAGUAUCCCUUCAGCAUGCACUCAGUGGGAGGACAGACCAUGGCUGUCUUCAGCCAGAGCAGCRCAGAUGAAGUCAGCCUGGAGGGGACGGUGGUGCACAGAGCUGAAUGCCGACCUGUCGUCUCUGAAAACUACAUGAAGAUUAAAAGACGGAUUUUGAAAAGAAGAAGAAGUCUGAGGGGAAAAUGGUGCGAGCCGAGCGGCAGGUGGUGUUGGACAUGCUCUUCUCCGCCUUCGAGAAGCACCAGUUUUACAGCUUCAAGGACCUGGUGGACAUCACCAAACAACCUGUGUCGUAUCUCAAAGACAUCAUGAGGGAAAUUGGMGUCUGCAACCGCAAAGGAGCUCACAAAAGCAGCUGGGAGCUGAAGCCGGAGUACCGACACUACCAUCCUGCUGAGGAAGAGGAGGAAUCACAGAACGCCUAGAACCAGGAGGUUCUCCGCUUCAUCAGGUGUAAAAAAGGCAUUGUAGUUUUGUCCUAAUUUUUUAGUUUUCUGUUAAAUAUUUUAUGUUUAUCACAGUGGAUUUUUGAGUUGUUCGAUGUUUGUGAAACGUCUGGCAMAUGUAAAGUCAGCUUUGUUGGAUUAAAUCUGUUAUGAAACUGUGA